AUGUCGGCACCUAUGGGACCCAUUCUCCAGCAACUGCAGACACUCCCUGCACGCUCGAGACAGGGUCUGAACAACCUGCGCCAACGUCUUUUCCAACAGGGAGAGAGACAGCCCAAAGAAAGCAACUUCCUACGCACUUCCUUCAGCGUCCACCGUCCUGUCUGGGUCACUGCCAGUGGCGGUCUAUACACCAGCAUGGCAGCCGUGUACCUCACCAUGCGAUACAUGAGACGCAUUGCUCGGUAA